GCUCACUCGUAACCAGGCAGCUCAACGUCACCCCGUUUGAAGCCGCCCGUCCCAUGCCAGCCUCCCGAAACGUAGGGACAAUCGACUGGGCUGACACUCGCUAUCUGCGUUCACCUCCAGCCUUUUGAGUCGAUCAAUCUUGAUUAGGGCGGGCGCCUCGUUCGAAAGCUCUUUCCAACAAUAUUCGCGGCGCCUACAUUCCAAAUCCACUCCCCACCCGUCGCAACCAUGGCAGCUCCUCCGCCCAUAGUCCUCGACGGCGGCACCGGUUUCCUCAAGGUCGGAUAUGCGGGCCAAAACUUUCCCGAGCACCAAUUCCCGUCGAUAGUCGGGCGACCGAUCUUGCGAACCGAGGAAAAGGGCGACAACAUCUUGGGACCCGACGGCAAUGAAAUCAAGAUCAAGGACAUCAUGUGCGGCGACGAGGCGUCGGCGGCGCGCACCAUGCUGCAGGUCUCUUACCCGAUGGAGAACGGUAUCGUCAAGAAAUGGGAUGACAUGCAGCACCUUUGGGACCACACAUUUUACGAAAAGCUCAAGGUCGACCCUGCCGGCAGGAAGAUCCUGUUGACGGAGCCGCCCAUGAACCCGGUCAAGAACAGGGAGCAAAUGUGCGAGGUCAUGUUUGAGAGGUACAACUUUGGUGGCGUAUAUGUGGCCAUCCAGGCUGUGUUGGCGCUGUAUGCGCAAGGUCUUUCCUCGGGUGUUGUUGUCGACUCGGGAGACGGUGUCACGCAUAUCGUUCCCGUCUACGAAUCCGUCGUGCUCAACCACCUGACGAGGCGCUUGGAUGUGGCCGGACGCGAUGUCACGCGCAACCUGAUCGCACUCCUCCUGCGCCGUGGCUACGCGCUCAACCGUACGGCUGAUUUUGAGACGGUGAGGCAAAUCAAGGAGAAGCUUUGCUACGUUUCCUACGACCUCGAGCUCGACAAGCGCCUCUCGGAAGACACAACGGUGCUAGUGGAGAGCUACACGCUGCCCGACGGGCGUGUCAUCCGCGUUGGCAGCGAGCGCUUCGAGGCACCCGAAUGCCUGUUCCAACCUCACCUGGUCGACUGCGAGCAAAAGGGUAUGGGAGAGUUCCUGUUCGAUACUAUCCAGGCCGCCGAUGUCGACGUCCGCAGCAGUCUGUUCAAGGCCAUCGUGCUCUCGGGAGGUAGCAGCAUGUACCCUGGUCUGCCGUCGCGACUGGAGAAGGAGCUCAAGCAGCUGUGGCUUACCAAGGUCCUGGGCGGGAACCCAGAACGGCUGAGCAAGUUCAAGGUCAGGAUAGAAGACCCGCCGCGCAGGCGGCACAUGGUUUUCCUUGGUGGUGCUGUACUGGCCAACAUCAUGGCGGACAAGGAGAGCAUGUGGAUCACGAAGCAGGAGUGGGAGGAACAGGGGUCGAGAGUAUUGGAGAAGCUGGGGCCGAGGAGCUGAUCAAAUAACAGAGGAAGAGCCACGCUUUGAUUUUAUUUUUAUCCCCAUCCUUGUCCUCCUCCUGGGAAACAGUGUCGCGUUGGGACGUGACGAUGAUCAUGAUGAUGAUUGCUAGACGUACACAAACCCUUGAAUCUCUUGGCUCUCACCAAUGUAUUUUGGUGGGUAGCGGCGGCGGCAGUCUUUUUUUGUCAACAGCAUGGCUUUUAUAAAAUUGAGGCGUGUUUUUAUGGCUUUUCUCCAAUCACAUUUCACGACGAGUGGCAGGGAGUUCCGUGGCGUUGGGAAGAGCAACUGCUCGCCUGCAGGAAGGUGAUAGAUAGUGCAUCAUUUGGAAUAUCUGCUGUGGCUUUUGAAAAGGCCCCCUCAGCUAUGCGCGCAGGUACUUUCCUCAAAAGCCCCUCUUGUUAUGUACGUCACAGCGAGGCAUUUCUUGAGUGGGUGCACAGUGAGUGGUCCCUCGGACAAAUAUCCUGUUGCCCCUCUCACACGUAAACAACGGGGUUUUCUUGGAGGUUACUACAGAUCACGGUGUAUAACCUUGUCCGGCUCCAAACCUCCGAUGACAGGUCCAAAUUAAGCACUGGAAACACAAGAUUGCCGAUGUAUCUAGGGUGCUUUUUUAAUGCUUCCAAGGCUAUCGUUGGACAAGUGGGAUAGCAAGCACCUCGAUGCUCGCAUUACUCCGAGGCUCAUGUGUGUCUACCUGACAAAAGUACCUGAUCUUGACAUCGGAGGAGCCCGGCCCCGCCUGCAUGUUGGGGUAACGAAGGUACCUGCCUGCCUCAGGCAAAAUUGGGUAAUGCUCCUAUCCCAGACGUUUGAUUUGAGACUUUACCUUGGUUAGUACGGGAUUUACCUUGACAUCUUUUUUAAUUGAUAUCAAUGCGAUGAGUCAAUGAUUUGUUUUUUUUUUCUUGGAGGCAGGUAGCAGGCAAGAUAAACCAAUGGAAAGACAAAAAGAUAAAUGAAUAAUUCAA